AGGAAUUGAAUGCUCCCUCCCACUGCCACUUCACCUCCCACGUCCUCUCCGAGUUCGGUUGCUCGUCUAUAAAUCAUGCAUCUUCCCUGGCCCUCCCCGUGCUGUAAUUUUCUCUCUCUAACCAACAACUCAACUCAAUCCAUCCCUCUUCCUCUUCUUCGAUCUUGCUUGCUUGGGACCGGUCGAUCAUGUCGAGCCGUUACAGUCUGGGAGGCGAAGUUCAUCCCGAGCCUGCGCUGGAGCUGACCGAGGUGGCCAUCGAGCUGGAUGGCGAGGACACGAUGAGCAGACGGUCCAUGAGCUUCCGGUCAGACUGCGACGAGGCCAACAGCCACCGGCUGCUGAGGGGCGGAAGGCCCCCUUACCCCCACUCCUACUCCCGCCGCCAGAUGGAGGUGCUCACCGCCGUCUGCGACACCAUCCUGCCCUCCAUCGACUUCGACCUCUACAAGCGCAGGACCGUUCCGGAGCCCCCCCUGGCCGCGGAGGAGUCGCUCAGGACCUUCUUUGCUACCUCCGCGUCCAUGGCCGGCACUCCCCAGCAUAUUGCGGGAUUCAUCAGCGAGAGGAUGAAGCACCCGCUGCUGGGGCUGCUCCGCAUGGCAUUGUUUCUGCUGUCGACCUGGUACGGCACCUUCAUCUGCUGCGGCUGGCUGAGCGUCGGCACCGAGUUCCCUUACUUCCGCAAGUUUUCCGAUAUCGAGCUUCACAGACGGGAGGCCAUCCUGCGGUCCUGGUCCUCCAGCUACUUCACCAUCCUCAGGCAGCUCUUCAACGCGCUCAAGUUCCUCACCCUCCUCACUUUCUUCACUCAGGUGGACCAGAAGAACGAGAACCCGUCGUGGGCGGCCCUCGGGUACUGUGGCCCCGACCCCGAGUUCGCGAACCGAAAGAAACGGCCGGAUCACCGCCAAGGCAAGGACGGCGACGGCGCUGAGUACGGGCCUCUGCAUGGCGCCGUCAUCGACAUGGAGAGCGCGGAGGACGGCGACAUUGCUGCCUCCCUCAGAAACUCCGGCUUCUCCGUCACGAUCCACCGGAGGACACGCAGCGGAAAGACGGUGGCCAACAUCAUGAAGAAGCUGAAAGGAAGGGGAGGCGAGUGCGACGACGUGGACCCGGCUGUGACGAUCCGCUGCGACGCCGUAGUCGUCGGCUCCGGCUCCGGCGGAGGAGUGGUGGCGGGUGAGAUAGCUAAGGCGGGGUACAAGGUGAUCGUGCUGGAGAAAGGGCGGUACUAUGCCAGGAAGACGCUGUCGCUGCUCGAGGGUCCGACGAUAGAUCAGAUGUACGAGGGCGGAGGCGUUGUAGCCACCGACGACUUGGGCAUCCUCGUGCUCGCGGGGUCCACCGUUGGCGGCGGAUCCGCCAUCAACUGGUCGGCGAGCAUCCGCACGCCGGAACACGUCCGGAAGGAAUGGAGCGAGAAGAAUGGGCUGGAGCUGUUCGGAAGCGAAGCGUAUACGGAAGCCCUCGACUCGGUGUGUGAUCGCAUGGGCGUCCAGGCGAAGCCACUGAGAUUAGAAGAGGAGAGCCUGAACAGCUCCGUUGUGAGGAAGGGAUGCUUGGAGUUGGGUUAUCCGGUGAGCGAUAUUCCGAGAAACUCCCCGUCCGACCAUUCCUGUGGGUGGUGCUGCUUCGGAUGCAAGGACGGCAAGAAGAAGGGCACGCAGGAGACGUGGCUCGUGGACGCAGUGGAAUCCGGCAACGGCGCCAUCAUCUCCGGCGCGAGGGCAUUGAAGAUCGUCGGUGUCAAGCAGAAGAAUAGGGCGAGGAAGAAGGCGGCGGGCAUUCUCUUCCAGCGGGCGAACAAGGAGAAGGACGUCGUCUACUUCAUCGAGUCGAAAGUGACCAUCGUCGCGUGCGGGGCGCUCAACACGCCGGUUCUGCUGAGGAAGAGCGGUCUGAGAAACCCGCACAUCGGGCGGAACCUGAAGCUCCACCCCGUGCAGAUGGCGUGGGGAUACUUCCCGGAGGCGGAAACAAACAACCGGAGCUACGAGGGCGGGAUUAUGACGGCGAUGUCGACGGUCGCCGCGAAUUUCAGCACGACCGGCUACGGCGCAAUCAUUCAAACGCCGGCGCUGCACCCGGGGAUGUUCUCCGUCUUAGUGCCCUGGGUCUCGGGGCUCGACUCGAAGGAAAGAAUGAGCCGCUUCUCGCGAACGGCUCACGUGUUCGCGCUGGCCCGUGACCGAGGGUCCGGGGUGGUGGACCUGCCGCGGUCGCUGAGCUACCAGCUGGCGAAGGAAGACGAAGAGAGCCUGGGGAACGGGUUGGAGAAGGUGCUGAGGAUACUGGCGGCGGCGGGGGCGGAGGAGAUCGGGACGCACCACGUGGGAGGGGAGAGGAUCAAUGUGAAGCGGGCGAGCUACAACGAGUUCGAGAGGUUCGUGGCGAGGGCGAAGGAAAGGGGAGUGAGGGGGCUGUCGACGCCGCUGUGCUCGGCCCACCAGAUGGGGAGUUGCAGGAUGGGGGUGAACCCGGAGGAGUCGGUGGUGGACGAGAGGGGGGAGAGCUGGGAGGUGGAGGGCCUGUACUUGGCCGACGCCAGCGUGCUCCCCGGCGCCCUUGGAGUGAACCCCAUGGUCACCAUCAUGGCCGUCGCCCACUGCACCUCCAAGGUCGUGGUCGACGUCCUCAAGAGGAAGAAGAGGACGCAGUAGUCCCACAAAUACAAUGGGGUGAUAACCAAUCUCUAAAAGUUUACUACUGUUUUCCGUGAAUUUCGUGUUGGGAAGGUGCAGAGAUGGAUGUGUGCUUCUUCUCUUUUUUGUGCUUACUUUGUAAAUUGGUGCUCAUAUUACACAUGAAUUGCAAUGUACAAUUUGUCUCUUAUUUUA